AGCUGUGUUGUGAGUUGUGAUAACAGUAAAUUUGAGAUUUAAUUCAUUAACACAAUACCUACAUACAAAAAAGUUUGAACUUGGAAUGUUUUUUGAGUCCAUUCAAUUUCAAAGCAAGUAGACCAAGUGACAAAGUGACAAUGAUUACCAGAGGCGUUAUUAGUCAAAUUAGAUCUGAAGUUACAAAACGAUUCAUUUAUUUGUCACCAGCCAGGCAACUAUCAAACAUUUCGAAUGUCAACUACAACAAGCAAACCCUCGUGGAUGAUAGCGAUAAACCAAUCAGAAGCGUAUUGGUAACCAACAGAGAGCACAACAACCUUGAAUCUCACCAAGCAAGAAUUAAGGAGCUUGAAGCAAUCAUUGUAAAGCUAGAAGACGAGGCGAUCCACCAAAAGAAACCAAGUGGGUCCUUGGACUUGGCACAGGCGGUAAUAGAAAACAGAAGAGCGUGGCAAUAAAGCCUUUGAAAAUGUAAUGGGUUGAUUUCCCCACACUAGAGUUGUUCAACUGCGCAAUCGAUAGGCACUUAGCAAAUAUGAGCAGAUUUAUUUGUUGAUUCAAAAAUUAAAUUUUUAACAAUACUCAGGUUCUUUCUCAUUUUAACAAGUAUUACUUAAUAUUUUUAAAUUUCUCGAUGGUUUGUAUUGGAUUUUUCUCCUGUUUCAAUUGAUUUUUAGAUCUUUAGUUUUGUUAAUUUUUUCCAAUAAAAUAAUUUUUCCAUGA